CCCUAAACCCCAAGCGCCGCCUCCGCCCAUUCGCCAGUCGCCACCGCCACCGCAACGAGGCCCCGUGCCGUCGCCUGCUCGCUCCGGUCUCCGCCACGCUCUGCACCGUCGGUCACGCUCUUCCCCUGACAUAGCCGUGUCGCGUGCCGCCUCCUGUUUCUCCGACAAGAGUUGCUCCCCGCCAUGGCGGCCGCAUCAGCCGCCGCCGAAGCCAACGACGCGCCGAAGCUGCUCGCCGCCCUCAAGGAGAUGAAGGACGGAUUGGACCUCGUUAGGGGCAAGGUCGAGGCCAUCACCCGGAAGGUUAAGGAGAAUCAGUUGCCGACGGCCAACGGGAUCGGGUACCUAGAGGCGAAGAACCACCUGCUCCUUGGUUACUGCCAGGACAUCGUCUACUACCUUCUCCGUAAGGCCAAGGGGCUCUCGGUGGAUGCACACCCUGUCGUCCGGAGUCUUGUCGAGAUCAGGCUCUUUCUAGAGAAGAUUCGUCCUAUUGACAAGAAGGCAGAGUACCAAAUCCAGAAGCUCACCAAUGCUGCUGAUGGUGCAACUGCUCGAGAGAAGGCAGGGAAUGCAGAGGUGAAGGGGAAGGGUGAGCAUUCUGAUGAGGAAGACCUGCUGAAGUAUAGGCCAAACCCAGAUAUGAUGGAUACAAAGUCUGCUCCUGAUGGGCAGGAUAAUGAUGGUGUUUACCGUCCUCCGAAGUUUAUGCCUGCUAUCAUGGAUGAUGAAGAUAAGCGUCGAAAGCAAGAUUCAAGGAGAGAUAAAGCAAUAGCACGAAUGGCAAAGGAAAAUCCUUAUAUUAAAGAGAUGAUCGAUGAUACUGCUGGCCGGCCUGAGGAGUGGAAGGAAACAGUGGGUGAUGAAAGCAGGGAAUUCGUGAAGUACAUGCGGCAGAGAGAGGAGCAAGAGAAACAGGAAGAGGAACUGUUCACUCGUGCACCAGUAACCAAACGUGAUAAGCAGAUUGAGAAGCGGAUCAGGAGACAACUUCAUGGGUUAGGAGGCCUAGCAGAUGGUUUUGACCUUGGAAUGAACAUGCUGUUUGACGGAGACAAAGAAGAUGAUGGUGGUUCAAGCAAGUCGCGUGGAAAACGAAAGAAGCAUCUGAAAAGCAGCAGCAAGAAGAGGAAGAAGCAUUAGUCUUGACACACUGAUAACCCUUUGUGCUCAACUGGUUUUAGGAAGAUGACGGCUCAAGCAAGCCAAAUGGCAAGAGUUGAGCAGGAGAAAAUAGCAAGGAAACAGGUAGAGAAGAUCAGGAGAGUAUUAAUUCUCGAACAGAGAAUAUGAUCUGAACCAAUGAAACAGUAUCAAUUAUAUGUAUCAUAUAUGGCUUCUACAUGUUUUAGAGGCACAAAUUUGUGCAUCUUUCCUAGGGAUAUGCAAGUAUUGAUGUCACUCGGUUAUUUGGUUGACCCAAAUCUCAUCCAAAUGAUCUAAUCCAACUUUCAAAGAUAGAAAAGUGGGAAGGAAAUGAUUUAAA